AUGACAGCCGCCGACCUGUAUAUGCCGCGUGCACCGCCCAACUUGUCCUACGCCGAGCGGCUGCGCCAGGCUGCCAGCCAGCGCUCCGCCGCCUCUGAGGCGGCGGGCACCGCGGCAGGAAGCCCCAAGUCGGUGCCUUCGGUGGAAGUUUCCCCCGCUGCGCCGAAAGCGGCUCCGAUCCAGGUGCCCGAGGGCAAGGAGCCCAAGGUGGCCCAUGCACGGGCGGACACAGCCCCAGCGCCUGUGCACGGUGGCCAGACGACUUUGUCGAAUGUAUGGGAAGCACGAAAACGCGAGCGCGAGACGCGCACAAAGGUCGCCUCGCCCGACCUCGCUCUCGAUGCGGCCCAGGCGAUGGGAGCACUGUCCCUCUCGCCACGCACACACCACUCCCCUUCCGCACCCGCAUGGGACCCGACGUGUGCACCGCCGCACGAGACGCAUGGCCAGGAUACGAACGGGGGCGAAACUACACCAGACGACCCCGACGAGUCCUGGGAGCCGGCUUCACUGGACGAACCAGUGGGUACUUUUGAAGAGGACGACGUGCCGCCAGUACAUACAACCUAUGGCACGCCGCCGGACAAUGAGGCGUGGCUGCAGCGUAUCCACAUGCUGAACGGCGGGCAGCCCGUCACGCGGUACGGUAGGACGCCACCGCAAACCUCCCGCUCGGGCGCACUCAAGGAAGGUAAGCCGGCCUCACCGCUCCGUGCAUCCCAGUCGCCGUCGUCGAAUGGCGCGCUUCCGAUUCCAAUCGUAUCGCCGCCAUACUCCCCUAUGCCAUCAUCCCUGCCCAACUCGGACGGCUCCUUUGCGCCGCUGCGGUCGUCUGAGCAGCAUGCGAUGCACGGAUACACCGAUUUCGCACGCAGCGCGCCGAUGGCUUACUAUGCCAUGGUCCCGAUGGCUAUGGGUGAGUAUCCCAUGGACGACCGGGGCUACAGCCGGCGUGGGCGCGGGCGUGGGAAUGGACGGGGGAUGCGUGGGCGCGGACCCUACAUGCCCUACAUGCAGCAGCCCAUGCCGGCCAUGAUGCCGUACAUGAUCGUGCCUGGUGCAUCGAUGUACGCCAUGCCGCACAAUGCACCGAUGCCGCCCCCGGAGGGCGCCGAGGUGCAGCCGUCGUACCCUUCGCCGGCGCCGUCCAAUACGGGGUCGCAGGACAAUGCGUCGGAUGGGGAUGAGGCGCGCUCGGAGGUCGGCACGCCGUCUGUGAGCGGUUCGGAUGGCGCUCUGGAGAGCACGCCGUCCAACCGCUCAGCAUCCCAGUCGCGCGGAUCGUACCCAAUGGGCCCGCCCGAGAUGCACAUGGGCGGCAUGCCGCCAGGGGUGGGGAUGCCGUAUAGCUAUGUCAUGCAUGCCCCCCCCCCAUUUGACCCACGCUUCCCCCCGAUGAUGCCGAUGCCAGCCGGCUACCACAUGCCGAUGCCGGGCAUGAUGCCUCCGCCUCCCAUGAUGCCCAAGUCGCCGACGUUGCCGCACCAGCUCCUGGCGCAGGUGGAAUUCUACUUUUCGGAUGCGAAUUUGGAUGCAGACUUUUUCCUGCGGCAGCAGAUGGACGACAAGGGGUACGUGCCGCUCGACACGGUCCUUGGCUUCAAGCGCGUCCAGAACCUGCUGCAGAAUGCGUACCCCAACGCGUCUCCGUCGGACACGGCACGCCCUCUGUCGUUGCUGCGUACUGCGCUUGAGAAAAGCCGGUUUUUGGCACUGAACGAGGACCAGUCGGCGGUGCGCAGGCAAAAUGGAUGGGAGCGUUAUAUUUUAUACUCUGCGGAUGAGGAACCCUGA